AGGGGGCGGGGCCGGGGCCUCCCGUGAAGCCCCGCGCGCCGAAGGACCGGAACUCUAAGCGGGUGGCUUGUUGAUAACAUGGCGGCAGCAGCUGCCCGGGCAUCCCGAGGAGGCGGCGGCGCCCACACCCGGAAGAAGGGGCUGUUUUCGGGCUAGUGCAGCGGUUCCUGCGGACCCGGAAGUCCCGGCCAGCUGCUGAAUGAGGGGAGCCGGGCCCUCCCCGCGACAGUCCCCCCGCGCCCUCCGCCCCGACCCGGGCCCCGCCAUGUCCUUCUUCCGGCGGAAAGUGAAAGGUAAAGAGCAAGAGAAGACCUCAGACAUCAAGUCCAUUAAAGCUUCAAUAGCUGUACAUUCCCCACAAAAAAGCACUAAAAAUCAUGCCUUGCUGGAAGCUGCAGGACCAAGUCAUGUUGCAAUCAAUGCCAUUUCUGCCAACAUGGACUCCUUUUCAAGUAGCAGGACAGCAACACUUAAGAAACAGCCAAGCCACAUGGAGGCUGCUCAUUUUGGGGACCUAGGAAGAUCCUGUCUGGACUAUCAAACUCAAGAGACCAAAUCAAGUCUUUCAAAGACCCUUGAGCAAGUCUUGCGUGACCCUGUUGUCCUCCCAUAUUUCCUUCAGUUUAUGGAACUUCGGAGAAUGGAGCACCUGGUGAAAUUUUGGAUAGAUGCUGAAAGUUUUCACUCUACGACAUGGUCCCGAAUAAGAGCACACAGUCUAAACACAGUGAAGCAGAGUUCACUGGCUGAGCCUGUCUCUCCAUCUAAAAAACAUGAAACGACAGUGUCAUUUGUAACUGAGUCUCUUGACAGGAGGUUGGGGGAUUCCAGCUCGGCCUCGCUGCUUAUGACUCAGUCAGAAGGAAUUGACCUGAGUAGUAGAACUCAGAAUCACUUGCUGCUUUCCCAGGAAUGCCACAGUGCCCAUUCUUUCCAUCUUGAAAUGGCCAGAACAGGAACUCAUCAAAUUUCCAUGGACACCCCGGAAUCCUCUUCCAGACUUCCAGUAGCCAGUAGAAAUAGUUCCUCUUCUCCAUUGCGAGAAAUAUCAGGAAAACUAAUGAAAAGCAUAGAACAAGAUGCAGUGAAUACUUUUACCAAAUAUAUAUCUCCAGAUGCUGCUAAACCAAUACCAAUUACAGAAGCCAUGAGAAAUGACAUCAUAGCAAAGAUUUGUGGAGAAGAUGGCCAGGUGGAUCCCAGCUGUUUCGUUCUGGCACAGGCUGUAGUCUUUAGUGCAAUGGAGCAUGAGCACUUUAGUGAGUUUCUGCGAAGUCACCAUUUCUGUAAAUACCAGAUUGAAGUGCUGACCAGUGGGACUGUUUACCUGGCUGACAUUCUCUUCUGUGAGUCAGCCCUCUUUUAUUUCUCAGAGUACAUGGAAAAAGAAGAUGCAGUGAAUAUCUUACAGUUCUGGUUAGCAGCGGAUAAUUUCCAGUCUCAGCUUGCUGCCAAAAAGGGCCAGUAUGAUGGACAGGAGGCACAGAAUGAUGCCAUGAUUUUAUAUGACAAGUACUUUUCCCUCCAAGCCACACACCCCCUUGGAUUUGAUGAUGUUGUGCGAUUAGAGAUUGAAUCCAAUAUCUGCAGGGAAGGUGGGCCACUUCCUAACUGUUUCACAACUCCGUUACGUCAGGCUUGGACAACCAUGGAGAAGGUCUUUUUGCCAGGUUUUCUGUCCAGCAAUCUUUAUUAUAAAUAUUUGAAUGACCUCAUCCAUUCAGUUCGGGGAGAUGAAUUUCUUGGAGGGAAUGUUGCACUGGCUGCUCACGGCUCUGCCUGCCUUCCUGAGGAGUCUCACUCAGGCGGUUCCGAUGGCGCCGCUGCUCAGUCUAGUGUGAAAAAAGCCAGUAUUAAAAUUUUGAAAAAUUUUGAUGAAGCAAUAAUUGUGGAUGCUGCAAGUCUGGAUCCAGAAACUUUAUAUCAACGGACAUAUGCAGGGAAGAUGUCUUUUGGGAGAGUCAGUGACUUGGGGCAGUUCAUCCGAGAGUCUGAGCCUGAACCUGAUGUGAAGAAAUCAAAAGGAUUCAUGUUCUCACAAGCUAUGAAGAAGUGGGUGCAAGGAAAUACCGAUGAGGCCCAAGAAGAGCUAGCUUGGAAGAUUGCGAAAAUGAUAGUGAGUGAUGUUAUGCAGCAGGCACACUAUGAUCAACCAUUAGAGAAAUCUACAAAGCUAUGACUCAAAACCAGAGAUAAGGAAAUCUGAUUUUGAAAAAUAAGAACUUUUCCCUUUGGUUGGAUUCCUCAACACAGCCGAUGAAAACGGAGCACUGCAUUUCUUUUCACUGCUAGAUCACUGUUGUUUCCAAGAAAGAAUGGGAGACAGUCCGAGAGCUGUUGUUCAAUAUAGGCAUAGGUGCACGUGAUGGUAACACAGUGAGUCACGAGAUACACAGUGGUGAAAUCCCCACAGUUAGUUUUCCAGUGGCCAUAACCCACUAUGAGAGAGUUACCCGCUGGAGUAGACAGGGACCACAUCCUAUGUGAGGCCAAGAAACGUGAGUCGGUGUGCGGUCCUCAUGCUUGCGACAGAGCCCACCCUUAGUGUCAGAAAGCAUGAAACAGAGGUGCUUUGUUCUUGUCCUCAAAUUCCCAGGUGAGUCAGUCCUACCUGGAGCACGCAGCUCCAAGUGGCAGUGUGGGCCAGCAGCUUGUGGAGCAGGCGACGGCUCCUUGUGUAGUCUUCCUUCAGAGGCAGUGAUUGAGAAAGAAGCUGAUAAGCCAUGGGCAAGGCUCAGUGAUGUCACCCUUCUCUUUGGUGACAGAACGUAGUUUCCACAUCUCACUCACUCCUGAGAUGUUAUAUCCUUAAAGCUAGUCCCUCCUCUGGUAACAAAGUGCAAAUUUAGUUUACUGUGAGCGUCAAGACCCAUUCCUCAACAGGAACACUAUGCUCCAGAUGCUUCAUUCCCUUUUCAGAAUACACAUGGAAAAAAAUUAUCACUCCAGUUUUUCCCAUGUAGUACUUGGAACACAUUCUCAGAUUUUAUUUUUAUUUUUAUUUUUAAUAAACUGGGGAAUGAAGCACUCACUGUAGUGUCUCCCCAAGUCUUCACUGUGAGUGGGAAAUGUGCAGUUGCCUUUUCCCUUCCUGUCUUCAGACAGCAGGAGACUCACUCUGCCCUUCUGCUUUGCACCCGUGGCCCAGCCGUUGCUGGGGCCAACCAUUUGGUAAGCACACUCCCCCGGCCACAGGGUGCCAGUGCUUCCUUGUGUGUGACAGUUUAGAGAGAAAGGAAGUUUUCUUAGGUGUUAAUGCUUUUGCUCAGAACUUGCAAAAGAAUAUAUGUUUGUGUGUGUAUGUAUAUAUAUAUAUAUAUAUUUGUAUAUAUAUAUAAAAUUAUUAAUCACCUCUGUCCUUGGGAAAGUCUUGAAUGAAUAGAAAAUUUAUUUCAUUGCAAUAUUGAUUGUAUAGAGGCACACUGUUCAUCAACAGAAGGAGCAAAAAGGCUGUGUAAAAGUUUUUGGUACUAUGUACCAACUCUGUUAUUCUAAAGUAUUCAUGUACUUAAACCAUAUUCUAUUUAAUUGUGUUUGAUUUUAAAUAUAUAUAUGAAUUAUAUUUAAAAUGGUGUCAACUUCCUGCUUUCAGGGCAUUUAUGGCUCUUCUAUUGAAAUAUAUUGAAUCUUCCUAAUAUUUCCAUUUGCUUUACAAAACCCCGGAACAUGACCCACUACUGGACAUAGCCUUGUGUUUGGAUGUAGUCAUAGAGGGGAGGUUUUUAUUGGUGUAUGUGCUGUGGUGGCUCAUUUUGUUCUAUUCACAAAGUAUUUCUAUUCAUUUCACACUGCUUCAAACUUCUAAGUGAAAAGCAAUGUAAAGGUCAUAGAGUAAAAUGUGAUUCUGAGUGAUUCCUUUUGCCUCUGCAUGUUUUAGAGUAAAAAAUUCUGUAAUACUCUCAGAUAUUUAAGCUAGUGGGGUUUGUUAAAAUAUUUUCUAGUGAUUUCUUUGUGUGCAUUUUGUGUUUCUGAGCUGGAGAUGUCAGUUUUUGUAAGCUAUGUCUAAGAGGAAAGAGCAAGCCUGAGAUUGUUUUGUUUUCUGCUCUCUGCUGUGAGAUACAAAAGUAGAGGGACCCAAAACAAUUAGACCAGUUGUGUGUUAGAUCCUUGUACUCAUUUUAAAUCCUCAAAAGAUUCACCUAAAGUUGAGCCCCACUGUGUUCCAGGUUCUAUGCAAUGGAUCCAAAAUGAUUCCCUGGCAGGGUUUUUAAAAUCUGAGAAAGCAGUUGAAUUUCAUGCCAUUGACGUCAGCAGAUUGUUAAAGGUCAACCCACUAAUGAGAAAGUGACAGCACUGUAAUUUGCCUUAUAGGAAUUUCAUCAUUCCUAUAAAAUAGGAACAUGAAAGUUGGGUGUCAGCCAAGUCCAGUGAAGAGCAAAGAAACAGGAAACAACUUUUUUUUUCCUGGAUGGGUUCCAGUAUUUGUUAAGGCUUUAUUAAUUUAUUUUUUUUUGAGAUGUAAAUUGUUUAUAUUGCUGGAGCUUUUGACUUGUUCCAUAGAUAUUUUAUGAGGAGUUUGCUCUAAACUGUAUGUAGACAAUUAUAAACUUCAUUGCUGUUGUUUUCAGCUUUUGAGACAAGGUUUCAGCCUCCCAAAUUCAGGGAUUAUAGGCACAGCCUCCAUGCCAGCUUCUUUGCUGGUUUGUUUCAGUAUCACCAACUGAGCACCUGAUGUAGCAACUGACCCCAAAGGCACUGUUGAGACUCACUCAGCACCCUCAGUGGCCUUUUCACCGUCUUCACUCUUCUCUAGCAUGCCAGGGAUGUGCUAGUUGAAAUGCCCGAAGAUGAUUCUGUAGUUUAAGGCUUUUGCAUGAAGGAGAAAUAUUGAUCAUCACCUGGAAAACUGUCCUGAUGAACAAGCCUGAAAGAUAGAAGACUUUGGCGAGCCCAAGGACCUCACUGGGUUCUCCGUCAAGUCCUAUAUCCUUGCCUUGGUCUUCAUUCAUCCUUAGGGUGUGUUUAGAAUGCAUCUGGAUUUUUUUGUUUGUUUUGUGUUUUUUUGAGACAGGGUUUCUCCUUGUAGCUUUGGCUGUCCUGGACUCUCUUUGUAGACCAGUCUGACCUCAAACUCACAGAAAUCCGCUUGCCUCUGCCUCCCCGAAUGCUGGGAUUAUAACAGGCGCUACCGCUGGAAAUUUUCUUUUCUUUUUUUUUUUUUUUUUUUUUU